CAGCUUCUUUGUGUCCUGAGAAUCCUCGCGCUUGGGUUAACAAUGGAAUGUUGACAGCUGUGCUUUCCAGCUGUUUUGUCACCGUUGUGCAGGAGGAUUAAACAGACUGACCACACUGGCUUUAGCUUCAGUCAGCCCCGAGUGCUGAAGAAAAAUAUCAAGGAGAACAUGAGCCAAGUCGCUGCCAUGCUCUAAACCAUCGGAUUUAAGACUGUAAGUCGGACCUGCUGCUCCAUAUUGGAUGUUCGUUCUAGAAAUAGCGGGACAAAUGAUGAAAUCUGUCAGGCUGUUGAAUGUAAACCCUCGGUGCACUUGCAUUGGAAAUAAUCGGCCAGGUGAAGACAGGACGACAGGGCUUGUAUAAAUUGCCAUGGUGAUGCUGCUGGGGUGUUCCAGGCCGCCACAUGCAUCAUCAGCCACUUCCUCAGCACCACCAUGUCCGCAACACAGCAUCCUAGCAUGAAUUAUAACUUGAGUGCGGUGCCCUGGGACCCUGGCGCCCUUCAUCCGCCUUCGCUGACAAAUAGUGCUGUGAAGAUGGUGGCCAUUUCAGCUAUUGUGUGCAUGUCUCUCUUUGGCAAUGUGGUGGUACUGCUGGUGUUCCAAAGAAAGCCACAGCUCCUGCAUGUGGCCAACCGCUUUGUGCUCAACCUACUGCUGGCUGAUCUGCUACAAACAGUACUCGUCAUGCCGUUUGUUAUUGCUGCCACUGUUCCUGAGGUCUGGCCACUGGACGCCCGUCUGUGUCAAGCUCUAGUGGUGCUCAUGCACCUUUUUGCUUUCACUGGGGUGAACACUAUUAUCGUUGUGUCUGUGGACCGCUACUUAGCCAUUAUCCAUCCCCUGUCAUAUCCUACACGGAUGACGCCUCACCUGGGCACUAACCUGAUUGCUCUUACCUGGCUGUUGAGCUUGCUGCAGAGCACACCACCUCUCUAUGGCUGGGGAGCUAUCGAUUUCGACCGACACCAUAAUGCCUGCACCAUGGUAUGGUCCUCCAGUCAUUCAUACUCAGCACUGGUGGCUGCUCUUUCCUUCUGGCUGCCUGUGGCCAUCAUGCUUUGCUGCUAUUGGAUGGUGUUCAGGGCAGCCCGGCGGCAGAAUGCUUUGGUGCACCCUGUUCAAACCAACCACCCUCCAGAUUUAGGCUCCAGUCCCCGUAGGCAGCAGCAGCAGCCUGAACAAGAAAGCUCUUUCUCAGCUACAAAUACAUCCAGAAACAGGCACAGGCGCUUCCACUACCACUGCAAGGCAGCUAGGGUGGUUUUCGUCAUCAUGGCCUCCUAUGUGCUCAGCAUGGGCCCGUACAGUGUUUUGAGCACCAUUUCCAUACGCUCCAGCACUACCGUCCCACCAUGGCUGGCCUCACUGGCACUUGUCCUCUUUUUUCUGCAGUGUUGCCUGCACCCAUACAUCUACGGCUACAUGCACCGCAGUGUGCGCAAGGAGUUCAUGGCUUUGCUCUGUGGACCACGAUGCGGACAAACCCGUCCAGGGCGAGGAUCGGCUGUGGACAGUUGCUUCACAGUGACAGAUGGUCGGUCAGCACAGAUGCACAUCCCCAAUCACAUGACCCAUAUGUGCUCCCUCCAGACUUGGGAGGAAGGAACAACAUCGUCCUCACCUAUAGAACGGAGAUCAAGGGAGAGCCACAAAGAGAUGACGUCUGAGAGCCUGAGCUCUGAGAAGGAGCUUACUCUUCAUAACACCAAGUGAAUUGGUUCUUUAGUUAAUUUAUAAUGUUUUUGAGGCAAAUGAAGACAUCAAUUUGCAUGGUAGAGUCAGUAGUAGUUAGUCCAGGUGACUAGGUUUUUGUGUUAAAGAUGUCUGACUGCUUAUCCAGUUUUACCUCAAUAUACCAGACACUUAAAAUGGCCUGAGUAACUGAAUACCUUUAUAGACAAUGACCAAGUAAUUAUGUACUACUACAGUGGUUAGUAGAUAUUAUUUGUCAGUUUAAAAGUGAAGUUAAAAGGGUCAAAUGCAUAGAAAGCUCAUGUAGUUCUGAUAGUCCUGUUAGCACCUAAGUCAUUUCAACUGGUGGUUGCACAUUGUACUGUAAACAUGCGAUGCUAAUGUUCUUGAUGGGGAAAGUAGGGACUUUGAUGGCCUGUUGAUAUUGAAUUAUUAUGAAGUUAUAAAAAUGUUAAAUGUAGUAUAUUUUUACUAUUUUUUGAUAUAGUAACGAUUUACAUUUGUCAUUUUGUGAUGCUAUGUGCAAUAUUUGUAACCAAAACAGAUCCAAAAAGUUGUAAAGACAGGGAGAAGCCCUGACGCUUAAAAAUUAGCUUGCCAUAAAUCUUGCUGUGGUCCCUCAAAUGUAUAGAUGUAGAACACACAUGAAAAAUGUAUACGUUUUUUUUUAAAUAAGGUUUUUAUUACAGUAACAAAUGCAGGUGGCUUUUAGAACAUCAAAAUUACUAGUCAUCAACAAGCAAUUUUUUUAAACUGGGAAGUUAUCAUUUUGAAGAAAACAAUACUAAAAGAUUUCCAAACCAAUUUCACAAUUACACUUCGUGCAGAAGAUUGUCUCCAUACAAGUCACUGGUGUUCCUCAAAAGCACAUCCAGGGUGCAGAGACUUUCAAUGUACAGUGUGGCUUAUAGAUUGACCACUGAAAUUCUCUGCUGGCUAUAAAGAUGUCGGCUCCGUUUUAGAGCACUUCUCUAAGAGAGCUUUAUAAUAUCUCACUACCUUUAGGAGGUGUAAUUAUACUAGUUCAACAUGUAUAUCAAAUGUAUAAAGGGAUAACAUCACCCAUGGACCACAGCUGGAGGAACAGCCACUUUUGCAUCUGCAUUGUUGUUGUUUUUAAAUCUCAUAGGGCUGCACAAUAUAUUUAAAUUAUUGCCCUAUACUAAACUUUUGUACAAUUUAUUACUGAUAGUAUGUCAUUAUUUGACAUAAUACCCACAUAUACUUCUAACCAUGUUUACAAUUCAUCAGUAUAUUUAUUUAUACAUUGCAGAGCCCAAAAUGAAAAUAAUAAUUAACAAAUAAUAGAUUGCGCAGUCUCACUCAACAAGUCCAGAGCAAUACUGUAUUAUUAAAUAUUAUUUAUACUAAGCGAUGAAACUGGAAGAACACCACACUGACAGAC